GCCCCCGGAAGUGACGCCACGCCCUUCCGCCAUCGCCGCGGACAGGAGGAAGCGCCGGGCCGCCGUGAGGGAAGAGCCGCCGCGGGAGGAGCGCAGCGUGGAGCGGAGCGGCGGGUCGUCCCCGCCGCCAGGGGACAACCGGAAGAAAAUGAACCUGAAAUCUGAACGCAGAGGAAUUCACGUUGAUCAGUCAGAGCUACUGUGCAAGAAGGGAUGUGGUUACUAUGGCAAUCCUGCUUGGCAGGGAUUUUGCUCCAAGUGCUGGAGAGAGGAAUACCAUAAGGCCAGGCAGAAACAGAUUCAAGAGGAUUGGGAGCUGGCAGAGCGGCUUCAGCGAGAGGAGGAAGAAGCAUAUGCCAGUAGUCAGAGUACCCAAGGGGCGCAGUCACUGACCUUUUCAAAAUUUGAAGAAAAGAAAACCAAUGAGAAAACACGAAAGGUCACUACUGUGAAGAAGUUCUUCACUGCUUCUUCCAGAACAGGAGCUAAGAAGGUGGCUCAAGAGAAAAUCAUUAAGCAAGGACAGCUUGGGAGGGAGCGAAAUGCUGAUAACAUUCUCAGGGAUUUGAAGGAGAUUUUUACUCCCUCCUGGGAACUGGCUUCCCCUACUGAAGCAGAGAUCCAAGAAGCCAAGGCUCCCAGCCCUUCUAUAAACAGGCAAGCUAGCAUCGAGACAGAUCGAGUAUCCAAGGAAUUCAUAGAAUUUCUCAAAACAUAUCAUAAACCUGGACAAGAUAUCUAUAAGCAAUGUAAACUAUUUUUGGACACAAUGAAUCAUAAAAGGGACUUAAGUAUUGAGGAGCAAUCUGAAUGUGCCCAGGACUUCUAUCAAAAUGUAGCAGAGAAAUUACAGACACGUUGGAAAGUGCCCCCUGAAAAAGUUGAGAAAGCAAUGGAUCAGAUUGAAAAAUACAUUAUGACUCGGCAGUAUAAAUAUGUCUUUUGCCCUGAAACAACUGAUGAUGAGAAGAAAGAUCUUGCUGUCCAGAAGAGAAUCAGGGCUUUGCACUGGGUAACUCCACAAAUGCUGUGUGUUCCCGUCAAUGAAGAAAUUCCAGAAGUCUCUGAUAUGGUUGUAAAAGCAAUUACAGAUAUUAUUGAAAUGGAUUCAAAGCGUGUCCCGCGUGAUAAAUUAGCAUGCAUCACCAAGUGCAGCAAGCAUAUAUUUAAUGCUAUUAAAAUCACAAAAAAUGAACCAGCUUCUGCUGAUGACUUUCUUCCAACACUUAUAUACAUUGUUUUGAAGGGAAACCCACCCCGCCUGCAGUCUAACAUCCAGUAUAUAACACGCUUCUGUAAUCCAAGCAGGUUAAUGACAGGAGAAGACGGCUACUAUUUUACGAAUCUGUGCUGUGCCGUGGCCUUUAUUGAAAAACUGGAUGCUCAGUCUUUAAAUCUAAGCCAAGAAGAUUUUGAUCGCUUUAUGACUGGUCAGACAUCCCCGAAGAAGCAAGAAUCUGACAGUUUUUCACCUGAUGUGUGCCUGGGUGUUAAGCAAAUGUAUAAAAACUUAGACCUACUAUCUCAGUUGAAUGAGAGACAGGAAAGAAUUGUCAAUGAAGCCAAGAAGCUUGAGAAAGACCUAAUAGAUUGGACUGAUGGAAUUACAAAGGAAGUCCAAGAUAUUGUUGAGAAAUAUCCAUUAGAAAUAAAACCAAAAAAUCAAGCCUUAGCAGCUAUUGACUCUGAAAAUGUGGAGAAUGACAAGCUGCCCCCACCACUGCAGCCUCAGGUUUAUGCAGGAUAAUUAUCAGUGUUAACUUUGAAAAGCAUCAUUAUCCUCGCCUAGUACUAUCCCCUAGUUGGGAAGGGAAGUAAAUUUACGGCUAAAAAUCAGAUGAGCUUAAAUUAGUACAUUUUUAAAGGUACUUUUUUUGUUUGUUUGUUUAAGUGUAAUGAAUUGUAUUUAUUUUAGUCAAGUAGAUUUCUAUUAGGCUUUUGUGGGUUUUUGAACUGAAUUUAAAUUUUCUACACAAACUGGUGUAAUUUUUAAGCAACACUAGUCUGUUGACAUCUUUCCUGGAAGCUUUCUUGUAGGCAUGCACUUACUUGUUUUUAAUAAUUAGUUUAAGAAUUCGAGUUCCAGCAGAAACUCAAAAGGUACCAAUUGUAGUCUGACUUUAUUCUGUAGCUGUAAAGAUGAAAUAUAUAUUGUAAAAUAUGUAAAAUUGUAAAUAGAUUUAAAAUCUAAUGUCUCAACUGUGCAUGACAUCUUGUGUACGAGUGAAAAUGAUAUAACGGUGUUCAUUUUAGCACCUUUCAGUUAAAUCAUGUCACAGUAUAAAGGCAAGUAUACUGUCAGUGUUUCAGUAAGCUAGAUGCUGUAACUGGUGAAUUACAGUCAGAGAGGAUGUUGUUGUAAUGAUCUGAAAACCUGACACUCAUCUCAUAAUCUGGUCUGUAAAAAAAAGUGUUAUCUAAAAUACGACAUUACUUCAUGUAAACACUCUUUCUGCUCUGUCAGUACACCUGAUAGCCUUCAGUGGCGCACGCAAGUGCUGAUAUUACUACUUUUGAACAGAAUGUUGAGUUGAACUUCAGAAAGGAGGGAAAUAUCUUUAUUAAAAAUUGCAUAAUGUGGAACAAAAAGGGGGCAGGGAGGAGAUAGUGCAAGAGUUGCACCAAAAAGUGGCUUUUCUGGCAUUGCCUGGUAAUUUCCAUCAGUGGUUGAGGUCUUGAUUGCUUUUUUGACAAUCCUGGUAGAUAAAUAAGCUCAUAUAAUUAGAGGCUGCUUUUUAGAAGAAGCAUGAGCCAUUGUUCGGAGCAGAAAAGUGCACUUUAUUUUCACAAAAACAUCAGUCUUCUGAUCUUUAGUGACUCCCUUUAGCAAAGGGCGUUACCUUGCUAAAGUAUUGAACAUCAAGGUAAAUAUGGCUUCAUGCCACUAAAAGUUUAGAUGGGUGUAUUUCAAGUGAGGAAUAAUAGUUCACUCCGCAAAAAGUAACCUCUUGCAAUAUAACUUUUUUAUGCCAGUGAAACAUUUUAUAUAUCAUUUUAAAUAUCUUCCAGUUAAUCCAGUCUGCCACGACUUGUUUGUGUACCUGAGAUAUCUGACAUAAAUACUUAGCUUGAACUACUCUGAAGCAAUGUUAAGUUCUUACCAUCAAGGAGGAAAGUACCUACCUCUUUAUUAUGCUCCACUGCUUUAAAAAUAUUGCUAUUUUAAAUUUGCAUUGCAAUAAUUUCAGACCACAACUGUGAUUUGUCCCUUUUUGUCAGAUGUAUUUAGCCGUAUGAACUAUGCAUUCCUAGUGUUUCAGAGAUAACCGGUUACCCAAAACUCCACUGCUGAGAUGAAGCACUGAGCUAAUUGGAUGAUCACAAAUUAUUUAAUGUAUCCAUGUAUCACUGCGCCCAAAUUGCUUAAGAUCUGACCAGUGUUUGCAGUAAAUAAUACUGCAAGGUCUUAAUUUUAUUUAUAAACACUAGGUGCUAAUUCUGAUAUCCAGGUACACAGGUUUUCCUGAAGGGGAGGGGGGAAGUAAACUUUUAGCUAUCGUGUAAAUUGCCAUGUUUAAAUAAAAGUGUGUACAUUGUGCCCUUGUUAAUGAGUUCCUAAAAAUCUCGUCACUGGGUUUUGUUAUGCUGUUAAUGAUUAAUGUGAAUAUAAUUGUGACCGCUUCUGCAUUCUCUGCAUUAGGGAGACACAAUUCUUAGCCAUUCAAGUGCAAGUCUAGGUAACAAUGUCUUUCUCUUUGCAGAAAGAUCGUUGUAGUGAUUAAGUACUUAAAGACUUGCUGGUGCAUUUGUACUAAAGUAUCUCUUAUUCAUGUGCCAUCCUGUUAUCAAGUCACUAAAGUAGGAGUGUUUUCAGCAAACAAAUCCUGGAAUCCCCUGUGAGGCAGGUAAGAUGGAUUUCCAUACCCCAUCGAAAAGUUAGCAAGCAGGAGUGGUUUGCUCUUGGCCAUAGUAUAGCCUGAGUAGCAAUAACGCUGGGAGCAGCUCUUGCGGGAACUUGCAUUCUAGAGUGUGAGUAACUCAACUGCUUUAAGACCUUGUCAGUAUUUUAUUAGGCAAAUGACCUGUCUGUAGGUAAAAUGGCAUUGCUGUCGUAGAGACAUGCUCUGGUCCCACAGGUGAGGUUGGGAUAAGAUACAGUGAGGGACCCCAGUUAUGCAGAAAGUUGUGAAAUAGUAUCUAUGAUCAAGUUACUUGUGAACCAGAGAAUUUAAUUGAAAUACUAUCUUAAAAUGAAUUGGACUACAGGCUGCUGUGCUUUGGUGGCAGUCACAGUAUCAGAAAUUGCCUUUUUUUUUUUUUUCCCCAACAGCCCGCUACUAUUUCAGUAUUACUCAAAAUGAGGACUUUGCAGCUCAUUACUGAAAGUUGUAAACUACUUCUUUGCAUGUGAACUACCUAUUUUGCUGUAGUAAAGAAGCUAUUUUACAGGAAGUACUGGUUAAUUAAACUGUACAACACUUUGGUUUCACAAUUAUGAAAUUAAAUUGAUUCUUCUACCCAGUUACCA